AUGAGUCAAUCUACAUCAACUCUACCCAACAUUUUAAUAACUGGUACUCCUGGUGUUGGAAAAUCAACACUUGCUGAAAAAUUAGCUGAAAGAAGUGGUUUAAAAUGGGUAAACAUUGGUAAUGUAGCAGAAGAAAAUAACUGCUUUGAAGAGUAUGAUGAAGAAUAUGAAUGUCCUGUACUAGAUGAAGAUGCAGUAAUUGAUGUCCUUGACGAACAAAUUUCUGCUGGGGGGAAUAUUGUAGAUUAUCAUGGCUCUGAUUUUUUCCCAAAAAGAUGGUUUGAUAUAGUUUUCGUAUUAAGAACUGACACUUUUAUUUUGCAUGAUAGACUGUGUAACAGAGGGUAUUCUCAAAAAAAAUUAGAUGACAAUAUACAGUGUGAAAUUUUUCAAAUGAUGUUAGAAGAAGCAAAAGAAUCUUAUGAUGAAAACAUUGUACAUGAAUUAAAAAGCAACACAAUUGAGGAUUUCGAUAGGAAUUUAGCAAAUAUUAUGAAUUGGCUGGAGGAAUGGAAAAAAAAUAAUACAAGUUAA